UUAAUAACCAAGCCCAAUUAGCUCAGCGACUAAUUGCUUUAGAACAAAAUGCUAAUAACCAGCUAACUAAUCUUAAUAAGCAAUUCAACUCUUUGCGUUUAACCCACACUAAAGAACAAAAAAGAAUUGAAUUGCAUAGCAAUGUGAGUGAUUUUGAUAAAUCACGACAAUUUGACCGACCCCAAUUAGAAAAUGCCGACCAAGAAAGUUAUUAA